ACAGUUCCUGAGGUUCGAGACUCAGUGUUCCUUGUACAACCAUGGCCCAGCAGUUCUGGGGUUCCUGUCUUUUCUCAUUGUUUAUGGCUGCCUUGGCUCAGGAGACUCUGAGCCCUCAAAAAUCGAAGGUGGAUUGCAACAAAGGGGUGGCUGGCACCGUCUAUGAGUAUGGAGCCAACACCUUAGACGGUGGGGAAUAUGUUCAGUUCCAGCAGUAUGCAGGAAAACACAUCCUCUUUGUCAAUGUGGCGUCCUUCUGUGGCCUGACAGCUACGUACCCUGAACUGAACACACUGCAGGAGGAGCUGAAGUCCUUCAACGUCACUGUGCUGGGCUUUCCGUGCAACCAGUUUGGAAAACAAGAACCUGGAAAGAACUCAGAGAUCCUCCUUGGACUCAAAUAUGUGCGUCCAGGCGGUGGCUAUGUCCCCAAUUUCCAGCUCUUUGAGAAGGGGGAUGUGAACGGAGACAAUGAACAAAAGGUUUUUUCCUUCCUAAAGAACUCCUGCCCCCCUACCUCUGAAAAUUUUGGCUCUCCAGAAUAUCUCUUCUGGGAUCCCAUGAAGGUCCAUGACAUCCGCUGGAACUUUGAGAAGUUCCUGGUGGGACCUGAUGGAGUCCCUGUCAUGCGCUGGUUCCACAAGACUCCUGUCAGAAUUGUCCAGUCAGACAUCAUGGAGUACCUAAACCAAACCCGCACCCAGUAGGACACACUUUACAGACAGCGCCUUUGCUCCACUCCUUCACCACCCUCGAUAUGACCAAAGUCUGCGUCCCUGCUAAUGCAUGUGCAAACAGCUCUGGAUAAACGUGUACAGACCUCUCUAUUUGUGGUAUGCAUAUACAUACAUUGAAAAUUAAGUCAAAGAAAAUUGAUCCACCUAGAUAUCUGAUUAUGAUAUAUCUAGUUUUUCUAAUCUAGUCCAAAAGGCAGUCAUAUUUUGGCAUUGAUGAUCCAGACAAUCCCAUAUGUCUAAAAAGUAAUCUACAAAGAUCCUAAUCUACCACUGAGACCUCUGUACCAUUCACCACACUGUCGGGUUAAAAGAACUGGGAACAGGUGGCCAGAUCCUCUGGGUCCCAGCCUUUUCUCCUCCCAAGCUGGGCAUGCUUUGUCAAGUUCUCCUUCUGUUUGGCCCCUUGGUACCACACCACCCUGUAGUUUUCUUAGG